AUGGUUCGAACUAGAUCGAGGGCUAUUAGCCCAGGCCAUCAAGAAAGCAGGGACGCUUCUAGCCAUCCCCAUCCCCAUCGCAAUCGUCAAUCUGCACCUGCCAUGCAACCAUCCUCUGUUUAUGUCCAAUCCAUGGCAGCUGCUAUGGCAGAGUUAACUCGCCAGAACCAAGAACUGACAAGGGAGAUUCAUCUUAGGAGGCAACGGUAUGAAGCAUAUAGGGAAGAACAAUACCAAAACCAGGGAGAUGAAAAAAGUGAUGUGCUUGAAAGUCAAUCAAGGGGCACCACAUCAAGAAGGAUGCCACACUUGGAGAGAGAGAUUGACCAGAUGAGGAAGGUUAUGGACGAGAUAAGGGAAAACAUGAGAAGAAUGAAUCUUGUAGAGGAUCUAGUUCACCGUAUAGAUUUCCCUUUCACAGCUUCCAUCAAUGGUCACCUCUUGCCUCCAAAAUUUAAGAUGCCUUCUUUGGAUUCGUACGAUGGAGCGCGUGACCCGUUUGAUCACAUUGCUACUUUUAAGACUACAACGCACCUUCAGGGAGUCCCCGACGAAAUUAUGUGUAGAGCCUUCCCUACCACCCUCAAAGGUCCGGCACGAGUAUGGUUCAGUAAAAUACCCCCAAAUUCGGUAAGUUCUUUCGAAGAGUUAAGUAAGUUGUUUGUUAAUAACUUCAUUGGGGGACAGAGAUACAAGCGCUCUUCGUCCAGCCUAUUGACCAUAGAACAGGGGGAGAAUGAAAGCCCGCAGUCCUUUAUCACUCGUUUCAACAGGGAAGCCUUGACGGUGGAUGAUAAGUUAUUACUAGCGGCCUUUCACAAUAGGGUUAAUUUUGAUUUAUUCAUCCACAAGCUUUAUACAAAGGAGCACCAAUCCAUGGUUGAACUCGUCCAUUCAACCCAGAACUUUAUGAAUGCAAAAGACGCGAUCAUAGCCAAGAAGAGGAAGAGAGCUAAAAGAAUGGAUGCAAACCCCACACACCACUCCGAGCAAGUCCCUCGACCAAAAAAGGGAUGGACAAAAGAUAAAAAGGACCGGGAUGGUAAAAGGGCUGGUCCUUCAGCACGGAGUCAACAAUACACGCCACUAAACACACCACUUGAACAGGUCCUUAUGCAAAUCAAGGACGAUCCUUCCUUGAAAUGGCCAGAGAAAAUGAAGAGAGAUCCCAAUAAGUACAAUAGGAACAAGUAUUGCCGCUUCCAUAGAGACCAUGGGCACGACACGGACGAAUGUUACAAUUUAAAACAGCAGAUUGAAAAUCUUAUAAGAUAA